AUGGCUUCUCGGAGAAAAAGGAAAUCUACAAGUCGGUUUUCUCCGGAUUCAAUUGAAAUCAGCAGACAAGAAAGUGACUGUUCGUCUUGGACAGUUAAGAAGUUCAAGGAAGAACUAACACAUAUUGGAAUAAACAUUACUUCAAAAUUAAGUAAAACAGUGUUACAACAAAUUUAUUUUGAUAAUCUCAAAUCAGUUUCCGAACCUGAACAAUUGUCAAAUGAAGACCAGGAAGUCUCGCCAACUUUACCUAAUGUGACCAGUAAUUGGUCUAAUGAGCUUCCACUUUUGAUCGGAAAUUUAACAGAAGUUGUUAUAGGAUUAAGGGAUUCAAUGAAUUCUAACACCAAUAGGAAUAAUUCUAAUACUUCUUUAUCAGCGGAUUUUUCCGGGAAUAUACAAGAUACAAGACGAAAUAGAUUUCAACAAGUGCACACAGCAGAUGAGCAUGUGUUUUCAUUAUACAAAUGGUACGGUGUUUCUCCUAGUGAAAGCGAUUGCGGGAUAAAUCCCACCCUUAACACAUCUACAGCUACUAUUAACGGAGUGCCGUCAUCAUCUGUUCCUUUUUUGGAUAUAAUUUCACCAGCGCUUAAAAAGCAAAUUAUUGAAGCUAGAGCGGUUCAAGAUACUUGCACCUUUAGCGGACAAAGUACCUCACAAGUGCCCGCCAGUCUCACGAGUAAUGUGGCAUUAAAGUCUACAGUAUCGGAUUUAUGGCGACAUGUGUUAUCAACUAGAACAUCUCAGACGUAUAAAGUUGGAUAUCGAGCUUAUACUGCAUUUCUGGCUAAUAACGGGGUUGUCUGGUUAGGUAAACCUAUGCCUCCGAUUUCUGAGGAUAUUUUGAUUUAUUUUGUCGCACAUUGUUACAAAAACUUGAGACUUUUACAUACAACCAUUAAAUUGUAUUUAUGUGGAAUUCGGUUUUAUUAUAUCCAAAGUAACUGUGACCAUCCAUUUGAUUAUACAAAUGAAUCGACACUCCUUAGACUCAAUAUGAUAAUGCGCGCCAUCAAACGUAUACAAGGAGAGCAUAAUUCAAAACCACGUCUUCCUAUUACUUUUCAGGUACUUGGGAGAAUUUGCAAUUCUCUUAGAGCAGGUGUUUUCUCUACCUUUACUGAUUGUAUGUUAGAAACGGCCUGUACAGUAGCCUUUUUUGGAUUUCUUAGAUGUGGUGAAUUUACAGUUUCAAAACAUUUUGAUUCUACUGUAAAUCUAAGUGUAACGGAUGUUGAGAUUCUCGAUUCUUAUGCUAUUUUACACCUUAAAACCUCAAAAACAGAUCCUUUUCGUAAAGGUGUCAGUAUACAGCUUCACAAAUCCGAUCAUACCAUUUGUCCUUUCUCUGCUGUCCAAAAGUAUAUUGCAAUCAGGAAGGGUAGAGAAGCAUCUUUUUGUUUUUCAGAUCCAUUGUUUGUCAAAGAGAAUGGUAACGCUUUAGACCGGGACUUUUUCAUCAGAAGUCUAAGACAUGUACUAGAUAUUUGUGGGUACAACUCAAGCUUAUACAAUGGUCAUUCCUUUAGAAUUGGUGCCAGUACAUCGGCAGGAUCCGUUAAUAUUCAAGAUCAUCUUAUCAAAACACUUGGUCGGUGGACAUCAGACAGUUAUUGUCGUUAUAUUCGUAUUUCCAAUGACACUAUUCGAAAAGCACAGAAGUCUUUGACAUUGUCUAAAAAUACCUGAGUAAUAUUUGAUAUGUGGACAUUAUCGAACUUGAAUGGAUUACCAAGGACAAUGAACUUUAAUGUGAACUUGUUGACCAUUACAGAACUUUUAUGCGAAUUACUAUACUUGUUAUGAAGUAUUCAGCCAUACGAAGAGUUGCUGUUUGUCUUGCGAUACACUUGGACUUAUAUUUGUACGUUUAGCAGAAGAAACAAUGUAUUUUAACUUUAAGUCUUAUCUAUAUAGUGACAAUUAUUUGAAUUCGAAUUUACCGAUUUCAUAGAAUAUUCAGCCGUUCGAAGAGUUGCUGUUUUCACCUGAUACAUGUUGGAUUUAUAUUUCACUGUGUUUACAGAACUUGUGUCAUUGAGUUUUUUUGCCAAAAAACGCGUAUUUCAAUUUAGAGCCUGCUUGGAAUGUGAAAAGAAACACAUGUGAACCUUAUAAUUUUCUUAAUAUUCAGCCAUGUGACGAGUUGCUGUUUUAUUUUACUAGAUACAUUCAAACUUUACAGUUAUGUUUUGUGCAUCAUAUUUGUAUAUAUUCAUUUUGUUUCUCUCUCUCUCUCUCUCUCUCUCUAAUACUUUUUCAGCACAUGCGACUUGAAGGCUCCCUUUAUACCCCCUUUUGAAUUCCACCUCACUUCAAAUCUUACCACUUGGGGGAUUU